UUUACUACACUUUUCUCCUGUUCAGAGAAAGAAAGAACGAUGGCAAGAACCAAGCAGACCGCUCGUAAAUCCACCGGAGGCAAAGCCCCCAGGAAGCAGCUGGCCACCAAGGCUGCCCGUAAGAGCGCCCCGGCCACCGGCGGCGUGAAGAAGCCUCACCGUUACAGGCCCGGUACCGUGGCUCUGAGAGAGAUCCGUCGCUACCAGAAAUCCACCGAGCUGCUCAUCCGCAAGCUGCCCUUCCAGCGCCUGGUCAGAGAAAUCGCUCAGGAUUUCAAGACCGACCUGCGCUUCCAGAGCUCCGCUGUCAUGGCUCUGCAGGAGGCCAGCGAGGCUUACCUGGUCGGUCUCUUCGAGGACACCAACCUGUGCGCCAUCCACGCCAAGAGAGUCACCAUCAUGCCCAAAGACAUACAGCUGGCCCGCCGCAUCCGUGGAGAGCGCGCUUAAACUGUCUGCUCAUCAGUCAACAACAAAGGCUCUUUU